CAUCAUAUUUGUUGACAAAGAUUUUCUUUAAAAAUAAAUUUAAAUUUUUAGUAAUAUUAUAAAAUCUAGACAAAAAUUUAAUAAUAUAAAAACAUAAUAAUGGAGAACUCAGAAGUAUCGUCAUCUGCUCUUGCUAAUUCAUAUAUAACAGAAUUCAAUGAGCAAUUUGAAAGAAGCCGGCGAAAUAAGGGACCUAUCGAUAUUUCACUACAUCGUAGUUUGACUCUCAUGAUUUCAGUUCCAAAUGCAGAUUGUUACAAUCCUGUAACAGUUCCAAUUGUUCAAUUUUAUAUCAAUCUUCAUAAACUUUUAAGCACUUCAGGCCUUGACGAAGACACAAUAUGGACAUGUUGUUCUAUAUUGCAACAUGCAUCAAAAAAUGUUGAAAGUAAAAAUGCCAUUAUUUCAAAAUUUCGAUUUUUUCCGCUAUUAUCGAAGAUACUGCCGAAAUUAAAUGGAAAAGAAAAGGCAGAAAAAUUGUUAAAGAUUAUGCAAACUCUAUCUUAUGGUAUAAUAAUAACGUGGGAGGAACCGUAUUUGUCUGAACUAGUUAAAACCCUAUUAGCAUUUAUUUAUUCAGAAGAUGAUGAUUUAGCUCAACAUUCUCUAUCGGUUUUAGUGAACAUAUGCCACAGAAACUUUCCUGUUGUGUGCACAUUAAUGAGGGUUGUAAACAUAUCUGAGCUCUGUCAAAAAACUAAGAAAUAUGGGGUUUUAGCUAGCAAAUUGAUAUUGAUAUUACAAAUUAACGAUUUAGCUGUGCAAAAAGACGAUGUGGAAUGUCUAAUUAAGAAAUGUUUUAUUGAUUUCGAAACGGCUAUAAAAAAAUCUGAUGUGUCUUUGUUACAACACAUUAUUCACUUUGUUCAAGAAAUAAAUGAAUUAGAAGAGUAUCGGGCCAUUAUAGUUGAAUUUCCUGGUUUUGAAAAGGAUUUCGAAAAUAUUAUUCAGGUGAUAGAAAACACCUGUUUCAAAACAAGUAAUGAUGUUUGCAAUGAAAAUGGGAUUCAAUAUCAGGAAGAACUAUUUUUAUCAUUAACUUUAGAAUUUCUUACAUUAGUUUUAGAAAUCUCGCUUCAUUUAAUGCAUGCAAAGCAAUUUGUUAUUUCAAGUGAUACUUUGCACAAAAUUUUUGAAUUAUGCCAAAAAUGGUGUGACACUCCAAUGCCAGGAACUAAAGCAUUGCUAUUAAUGAAAAGCUUGGUAGAACUAGUAAAUGAUGAAGUGCUUUCUACUAUGUUGGAAAAGUUUGAAAAUUUGCCCAAAAUUAUUGCUAGUACUGAAAACAAUGAAAAUUCAAGUGAAUAUGCUACAGCUCUGCAGAAAUUGCUAAUAAGUUUACUAAAAAGAAAAAACGUCGAAAGUAUUCUUUUUUCACUGAUAACAGACUCAUAUUUUAAUAAAAUACUUUCUCCAAUUUUAUCUGGGAAAAGGAACGAAAACUUUUCAAUGUGCUCUGCUGCAGACUUAUCCAAGUAUUUAUAUUGUUUUCUGAUAUUAAUAGAAUUUUCAAAAAUCGCAGAAUCUACUUGGAAAAGGAAAGUAAAUGACUUUUUUCAACUUCAUCAGAUGAAAUAUAUUUUGGCUAAAGGAAUUUUAAGUGAAAAUCCCGAUGUAACAAAACUGUUGUUCGAAAUUUCUAAAACCGACAGCUUUCCUGUGGAUGAAGUAGCAAAGCUGGUAUCUGAAUUAAAUAAGUCCUCGAGCAAUAAAAAUAUAUUAAAAGCUUCUUUUAAUUCGACAAACUUUGAUGCAUUUUUUGAAAGGAAUAGAUUAAUACUUAGCAAAGACUGUGAACAUAAAUUAAAUAUAACGUUAGAAAAAUUUUCUAAUAGGAGACUAGAAUACGAAAACACAGCAACUUCGGAAUUGAUUGAAUUGUACACUUAUAAAAAUAACAUGAUUGAAAGUAAAGUUUUUAAUCUUGAAAAAAAUUUAGGAGAUGCUAAUCAAAUAAUUACCGACUUAAAUCAUGAAAUCAGUUUACAAACAGCUCAACUCUCGAAAUAUACAAAUAUUAAUUAUCAAAUGAAUUUAAAACAGGAAAGAUUGGUUAGUGAAAAUAAAGAUUUAAAAAAACAAAGAGACAUAUUUAAAGACACAGCUGAUGAUCUUGGAAAAAAAUUUAAGGAAAAAAGUGAAUCUUUAAAAAGGCACAUGAAAGCACAUGAUGUGAGAUAUGCUGAGAAAGUAAAUGAAAUAAAUAAAAUGCAAAAGGAGCUUAACAAUUUAGAAAAUGAGCGUGACAGUUUUGCGCAAAAAAUUAAAACUUUAACAACUGAAUCAGAAACAUACGUUAGCAAAAUUGAUUCUUUAAAAAAAAGUAUUAGUUUAUUAGAGGCGAAAUGUGAGCAGAAUGAAACAAAUAUUAUGGAAAAAGAUAAAAACAUAACAAAAUUGAAUAAAACUAUUGAUGAUUUGAAAAAAUCACAAAUCAUGCAAGAAAAUAUUAUAAAAAGCUUAGAAAGUCAAAUCAAAGAAAAGAAUGAAAAUAUUAAACAACUUGAAGCUGAAAUUAAUGAAGUAGAAGAUAUGAGGAAAACUGUUAUGAGUUUAAUGGAAAGUAAAAAACCCAAAAGAAAAGCUUAGGUUAUUACUUAAAAACUAAAAUAAUUAUAAAUUAUGAAAUUUUAAUAUACACGUUUAUAAUUAAUUUUAAAUUCGAUCUAAUAUUUAUUUUAAUGAAAACUUAUUCUUUUAUAGUAAAUAAAAGGCUUUUUUUACUUUUAAUUUAAUUUUGCAUUUAUAUUGCAACUUUCCUUCAUAAUAUUAAUAAAUUUCAAAUUGCAAAGAGACUGUCUAAAAAAAUUAACUAAUAUAAUUCAUUAUAUUCGUAGUA